CGCGAAAGCCUCUCAAUGCCUCAACUACUCCACGUCCAAUACAGCCCGUUCCAAUGCCCGAAGAAACGCCCAAGAUGACACAAUCGACCAAGGAUAUCCUGUUGAGGGUCAGGAAAAUGGUUCCGCCAAUGCUCGAAAAGUUCCACAAAGGUACGAGGUAUUCUGCUGUGAACGCUGCAGUACUCGACCGAGUCUGACAGCACAAAGGACAGAUGGGGAGAGUAGCAGUAAUAGGAGGCAGUGAGGACUACACCGGCGCACCAUACUUCUCUGCCAUGGCCAGCGCACGACUGGGUGCAGAUAUGAGUCAUGUAAUAUGCGAACCUCAAGCCGGACAAGUGAUUAAAACUUAUUCCCCGAACCUGAUGGUACAUCCAUUGAUGCGGCAAUCGACGCACGCUAGCAGCUCCGACUCUGCUUCCUCAAUCGCAAAGGGCAUAAUCGAUAUGCUACCCCGCCUCCACGUUCUGGUUAUUGGGCCUGGGCUAGGACGAGAUCAACUGAUGCAGGAUACGUGUGCCAAAGUCCUUGAAGCUGCACGAAAAGAGAAUAUGCCCUUUGUGUUGGAUGCUGAUGGGCUGAACUUGGCACAAACCAGACCAGAGUUAGUACAAGGCUAUCGGGAAUGCAUAUUGACCCCAAAUGUUGUGGAAUUCGGGCGACUUUGUAAGAGUAAAGGGAUCGACACAUCUGACUUAGAAGGUGGAAAGGGAGCAGAGAAGCUGUCCAAGGCAUUCGGCGGCGUUACGAUCAUACAGAAGGGCGCAAAGGAUUAUAUUUCGAAUGGUGAGCAGACGUUUAUUAGCGAUAUUGAGGGAGGCUUGAAACGGAGUGGUGGGCAGGGGGAUACCUUAACGGGAAGCCUGGCGACUUUUCUAGGGUGGAGAAAGGCAUACCUGGACAGGCUAUGGGACCACGAUGGGGACCUGGACGCUGCAGAACUGCUGGCUUUGGCUGCCUUCGGGGGAAGCUCUAUCACAAGGGAAUCCUCACGGCUAGCAUUUGCGAAGAAGGGUAGGAGUUUGCAAGCAAGUGACCUGACAGAUGAAGUUUACGUCGCGUUCACAAAUCUAUUCGAAGGCCCUGGACCGAAGCUAUAGAUCCGUCAGCGGAAUAUAAACAGAAUGUCAACUCCAAUACGAUCGAAGAUUGCUGCCCAGCACCGUCUGCUCUCCAGUUCCGAAGCAAAUCUCUGGCACAAAUAAAUUUCAUUGGCAACCUCGAGAAUUAUAGCCAAUUGCGCUAUUAAAGAGAAUCAAAAGCAGCUUGGUUCAAUUUAAAGCUAUUUCCUGAGGACAGUGAUGAGUUCAGUGUGUCUCGUGGCGCAAUGGGGGAUAAAUCAAGGGAGAUCUGACUACUAGCAUGGGGACGGAU